CAGUAACUGGUUUCACAUGCUGUUCGAAAAUGGCGCCUUCUGCGAACGAUUUUGCGAACUGAAAGUCGUUUCACGUCGUUUUUAGACAGUUUUGUUCACUUAUAACAAGUAUAAGGUACAUUCCCAGAGACCUCCAGGAUGGUGAAACAGGUCCAGUCCCCCAGUUCCACCUCUACACUAGUGCAGUAUUCUCCUGCCACUAUCGAGUGUUUGGAGUCAGGGGCUACCAGGGGGGAUCAGGGAACACCUAUCUUUGGUGCAGUCUGCACAGGAGGGCAGUGGGCCUGGCUGGCCAGAGGAGCAUCUUUAGAAGUAGUGAACACCCAGACUGGGACCAGACAAGGAGCCUGGUGCUUCGGAAAGACUCAGAAAGAUCCUAUGGUAUCCAUCAGCUGUGUACAGGAGUAUGAGUACCAGAAGUCCGUGAAGCUUGUUGUGGGGCUACAGACAGGUAGUGGCAGGGGGAUGGUCUGUUUACUGGACCCCAACAUCAGUAAAGUCAUCAAGGCUGUGGACAUUCCUCAUAAGGUGACCUCGGUUGAACCCAUCACCAAUGCUGGCGGCAUCAGGACUCCAAAAGGCUUCCUCAGCGAUCUGCUCUACAAGUUCUUUUUCGGGAUCGUUGCCGUGGGAACGGCUGGCGGCCACGCCUACCUGGUUGACAUGGCGAUGGACCACGAGGAGGAGUCGGACGAGGUCAACCUGAGCCACCUGGAGGUCAUCACCAUGGAGACCAGAGACCUGGCAGCCAAGAGGGAAAACGCUCUGCAGAGAGGGAGACUCUUUUGUCUGGAUAUCACUGCUGACUGCCACAGAAGAGGAACUUUCUACUACCGCACACCAGAUGGGAAAAACAUCAACAGCUUUUAUUCCUCGAAUGUUGCUGUGAGUUCCCUACAGUUCCUGAAGAGAACAGGAACUCUGGCUGUCGGCUACAACUUUGGGCAGUUCCAGCUGUGGAGACUGGCAGGACCUGCCCUGGAUUUCAGCAGUAACAUAGAGAACAGCACGUCUGCUGUCACACACUUCGCCUACCAGGAGCCUGAAAAUGACCCGGGGAACUACUGUUACCUGUGGGUGGCCAGGGGACCGCUACAGACUGACCCAAGUGAGGAAGUGGCGACCAGUCUACUGUUGUACCAGAUGGGCUACAGCAGAAAGGAAACCCUGCUGGACAGUAGGGAAGUUCUGUACAAGGAGUUGAGCACGUGCGGCCCCACGUUCCAGCCCAGUUUAGGUCCCACGUCUGAAGGUCCUUCUCCAGGCAGUAGACUGGUGUCAUGUUACACCCUGGAGAACCACCACAGCCCUGAGGAGGGGGACAGACACGAGGACUCAGCACUCGAGGAAGAAGUCCUGCAUGGCCCAGAUCUCAGCAUUGCUGUGUUUGUGUGGGAGAGCCCAACAGUCGACCCCAUGUCUCGCUCACAGUGCAGUCUCGCUGUGUUUGACAUCAACCGCUGGUACCACGCACAGAUGCCUGUGGUCUUCAGACUGCAAGAGGACCUCGCUGAGCCAUGUUCCUUCUUCUCUGUCUUCUCCCUGGAGGAUGUAAUGGAAACCGCAUCACCUGAUGUCAUGCUGGAUCUGUUUAUCGACCCGCUGUCGAUCUCGAGGUUUGUUUCCAAUGUUCAAGACCUGUUUAUUGACCCACUGUCCAUCUCGAGGUUUGUGUCCAACGUCAGCCCGGCUCCAGACCAGUUCUACUUCCCCUCCGCGCUCAGCUUCUCCACCUGCUGUUUAAUGGAGACUGGACUGGUCCACUGCAGCUUCCACGGGCUUCAGAAAAAGGCGCUGUCUGACCUGUGUAAGCAGGGUCCGUCGGCCAUGUUGACCCCCCAUCACCACGUGGGCGCCUGUCUGGCUGCAGGGCUGCUGCCCAGGAACAUGGAGGGGUCUGCUAACAUGGCUGUGCUACACAGAGUUUACAGUCAGGGCAGGGCCGGUAAGGCAGGCCAACAUAAGACUGACAAGGGGGAACAGACUGCCCAGAGAGAAACGUUACUGAGUGUCGCUCUGGACCACAACCUGGUCGGGUUCCUGACUUCCUGCAUCACUCAGUGGGCAGAAGGAGGUCAGUCUUAA